AUGCUUUUACUAGCAGAAGAUGACUGGGCGCCCCAGGGUCAAGUGGCUAUUAAAAGAAGAUCCAGAGUCCCUGGAGUUAUGAUAACACAGUUUGUGGAGGAAGUACCAGAGGGCAUGUCCACCCCCGACUUCACCCGCAAGCCCAUCGCUUUGACGAUCCAAGAGGGUAAAUUAGCCUUUUUCAAAAGUAUUGUAAGCGGAGUACCUAAACCAAACAUCACCUGGGCCAGGAACAAAGGCCCGCUGGAGGAUCCAGCGAAGUAUAUCAGUAGAUAUGAUGAGACUAUGGAAGAAUACUUUCUUGAGAUACCCAAUGUAAAAGCAGAACAAGCUGACACCUACAAAUGUUUUGCCGCCAAUGAAUAUGGAAGGGCAGUUUGCACUGCCACCUUGAAUGUUAUUGAGGUUGGAUUCAAGAAGAAAGCGACAACAGGUCCAAAAAGAGCGGCACCAGAGGAUUUCAGAAAAAUGCUUAAGAGGAAGGUUGUGCGAACUAAACCACAACUAAAGAAGACUGAGGGAGAGAUUGAUCCAAAGUUCUGGGAGGUGAUGCUAAGCUCACCUAAGAAGGACUACGAGAAGGUCUGUAUGGAGUAUGGAGUCACUGACUUCCGCUGGAUGCUGAAGCAGCUGAACUUAAAGAAGACAGAGAGAGACGAGGAACAGGCAAAGGUUGUUGAAAAACUUGAAAAUCUGAAACACAUUGAGGUGAAAACAGAUGGCUCAGCAGAGUUUGAACUGGACAUGGAACUGAAGAAUCCCAAGAGUCAGGUUUUCCUAUUCAAGGAUGGGGUCAUGGUUCCCUAUUCUGACGACGGCAGCGGGAAGCACAACCUAAACAAAAUUGGCAAAAAGUAUAUCUUUAGCAUCAACAACCUGAUGCCAGACGACGCUGGAUUGUACCAGGUGGACGUUGAGGAUGCCAAUUGUUUCUCAACUGACUUUAAGAUUAUACCAGUGGAAUUUGUUGUCAAGAUUCAGGAGGUGAAGGCUAAGGAGAGAGAGGAUGCCGUGUUUGAGUGUGUCUUGUCCCACCCCUUCCCAAAGAUUGUGUGGACUGGAAAGAACAUCCCUCUCGAACAAGGGGACAAGUUUGACAUCACUGUGUCAGAAGACCACCUCGUUCACAGCUUAAAAGUGAAAGAUUGUGCCCAAGUCGACAAAGGAGUCUACACUGCCAUGGCUGGCAUUGCCUCCUGCAACGCUUGGCUUAUUGUGGAAGCCGAUAAUGACCCAAACAUGCGUGGGAAAAAAACGUCCCGUAAAACCACCACGGCUGGUGGUGGAGGAGAGGACCUGGCUAAGAUAGCCGCAGAGCAGUCGGCUAAGCUGCAGAAGGAAAAGGAUGACCUGUAUGCAGCCAGACGAGCCCAAGCAGAGAAGGAUGCUGCGGAUGCAGCCAGACGGGCCCAAGCAGAGAAGGAUGCUGCGGAUGCAGCCAGACGGGCCCAAGCAGAGAUGGACCCUGCAGAUGCAGCCAGAUGGGCCCAAGCAGAGAAGGACGCUGCGGACGCAGCCAGACGGGCCCAAGCAGAGAAGGACGCUGCGGAUGCAGCCAGACGGGCCCAAGCAGAGAAGGACGCUGCGGACGCAGCCAGACGGGCCCAAGCAGAGAAGGACGCUGCAGAUGCAGCCAAACGGGCCCAAGCAGAGAAAGACGCUGCUGUUGGAGCAGGAGCCGGAGCAGGUGCCGGAGAGAGGGAUGGAGAAGGACAUGGAGGUGUUCAAUUCCUUAAUGGACUGGCUGAUAUUAAUGGCAGCCUCGGGGAAACAGCGGAACUGUCCUGCAAACUGAGCCAUGAGAACUGUGAGGGAGUCUGGCUUAAAGACGGGCGACUACUAACUGAUGAGGAUGGGCUGAAAAUCAUCCAAGAUGGAGCCAGUCACAAGCUGGUACCUUGUGAUGACAGGGUGAAAAUCAUCAAAGAAGGAGCCUCUCACAAGCUGGUCAUUGAUAACUGUAAAAAAGACGAUGCAGGAAUCUAUCACUUUGAGGUGGAUGGUCGUAAAUCCAAGGCAACGCUCACUGUGCAGGGUAAGAAUGGACGGUUACAGCAUGUAACUCCUGAUGACAGGGUGAAAAUCAUCACAGAUGGAGCCUGUCACAAGCUUGUCAUUGAUUGCUGUCGAAAAGAUGAUGGAGCAGUCUAUCGCUUUGAGGUGGAUGGUCGUAUAUCAGAGGCCACACUCACUGUUCAGCCAGAGCUGUCCUGCAAACUGAGCAGUCCAAACUGUAAGGGGGUCUGGUAUAAAGACGGAUUUCAGGUACCUCCUGAUGACAGGGUGAAAAUCAUCAAAGAAGGAGCCUGUCACAAGUUGGUCAUUGAUAACUGUAAAAAAGACGAUUCAGGAGUCUAUCGCUUUGAGGUGGAUGGUCGUAUAUGUGAGGGAUCACUCACUGUGCAGAACCCACCAACAUUCAACAUGGAUUCUCUGAGAGAAUUCUCUAAGCCGGUCAUUGUGAGAGCAUGUGAAACGGCUGAGUGGAAAUUGGCCUUUUCGGGUGGUGACCCAAUGAAGAUCAAGUGGAUCAAGGAGGAUGAGGAACUUCUGGAAGGCCCCAAUGUCAAGAUAGAACAGACUGACAUAAAAGCCAGCUUGUGUAUUACAAAUUGUCAAAGGAGGAACUGUGGAGAGGUCAAAAUCAAUAUCAAAAAUGACUUUGGUACAUUGGAAGCCACAUCCAGACUGAUUGUUCUUGACAAACCCACACCGCCACAAAGACCUGUGGAAAUUGUGGAAACUUCUCUAACCGCCAUUGAAUUCAAAUGGAAACCCCCAAAGGAUGACGGUGGCUGUCCAGUCAAACACUACAUUUUGGAGCGCCAGCAAGUGGGGGGAAGCAAAACAUGGACAAAUGUAGGGGAGCUCCCAAAUGACCCCCUUAAAUACAGGGAUACUAAUGUAAAGCCUGGGAAAAGAUACUGUUACCACAUCAGAGCCAGGAAUGAGGAGGGAGUCAGUGAUGUGUUGGAGACAGAGGACAUCCAGGCUGGCAUAUUGUGUUACCCAGGAUCCCCUUCGGCACCCAAAGUGGUCAGUGCCUUCAAGGACUGCAUCAACCUGGCUUGGUCUCCCCCUAUCAACACUGGAGGAACUGAAAUUUGGGGUUACAACCUUGAGAGACGCAAGAAGGGAAGCAACUUUUGGAGCACUGUGAACCUAGAUGGGCCUAUCAAAGACACAACGUUUGCAUUGAAAGAUGUUAUUGAGGGAGCAGCUUAUGAAUUUCGAGUGUCAGCUAUUAACAUCUCUGGUGUCGGCGAGCCCAGUCCUCCCUCUGUUAUAGUCUUUGCCAGAGAUCCCAAGAUGAGGCCACAAUUUACAGGGAAAAUGAAGAGCUUCAUGGUUGUGAGAAAGGGGAAUACUGUACGGUUCAACAUCAACUUUAAGGCCUCUCCUUUGCCAGAUAUCUAUUGGUUGAAAGACUGUGUUCCUGUGUCCAAACGUGUCACCAUCACCAACUCUGACAGAGGUUCACAGCUUCUGAUCCCCACGUCAGAGCGCUCUGACACGGGCAUCUUUACCAUCAUUGUCAAGAACAUGGUCGGUCAGGAGACCUUCAGUGUCGAGAUCAGAGUCACAGAUGAUCCCAAGCCUCCUGGCCCGGUGGAGUUGGAACAGAAUGUUCCUGGAACAGUGACUGUGACCUGGACUCCCUCCCCAGACGAGAAGAAGGAUGACAGGCUGCACUACAUUGUGUACAAACGUGACUCUGUCAAGCGCACCUGGAGGAUGGUCGCUGACAGCCUCUUCAACCAUAAGUUCACAGUUAUCAACAUUCUACCCGGCAGAGAGUAUAACUUCAGGGUGUUUGCUAAGAAUGACAUGGGCCUCUCAGAACCUGCUGUGUCCCCUACGUGGGGAACCAUAAGGAGAAAAGAUAAGUUCAUACUGGACAUGCCAGAUGUAAAGGGCUUGGACCUCCAGUGUCCACCAUCAUUUUUACUCCGAUUGAAAAUCCGCACCGCUCCACCAGGCUACGAGUGCUACAUGAGCUGUGCUGUACGAGGGGAUCCAAAACCCCAUGUCACAUGGUACCACAACAACGUCAGCCUCAACACCAACACCAACUACCUUAUCACCAACGUGUGUGGGGUGUGCACAAUGCUCAUAUUGAAGAUCGGACCCAAGGACAGCGGCGACUACAGUGUCAUCGCAGACACCCUUGGGCAGGGCAGAGUGCUCCACCAAGCUCACAGUCAGAGGUAG